AAGCGGGUACAGAAUAUGUAUACGAAAAGGAAUUUACCACGAUUUGCGACACUUGUCCGCGCAGAAAUCCUAUGCGUAUCCGGAACCUACAUAUAUACUAGGCCUAACCAGGCUUCCAAUCAUCCGGCAUUGGACUCCAAGCAGUACGGUCACGUCAUCACGAAUCUUCUCCGCAAGGCUCUCGAUUUAUUUAAGCUCCAACCACGCCUCCAUAACCAAUCCAAAAUGAAGGUAUUCCUCCUCGUCAUUGUUGCUGCUCUUCUGCUGUCUGCUGUUCAGGGCAAUGGCUACAUGGGGAGCACCAAAGCAUCAAUUGGGUCCAAAUGCACCGUGAACGCUACUUGUGCGUCUGGGAAAUGCCGAGACGAGGACGGGAAUGAACCAACCUACCAGGCCUUCGAGAAAGACUUAACGUGCGUUGCGUAGAAUGCUCUUUUGGGUAUCUAAAUAUAUAUUGAUAUAUGUCCAAUUCAACUGUAAAACAGAAACAAUAAAACCCAAACGAACUUAAAUUAA